AUGGCGCCAACUCGCCCCAACAAAAAGGCGAAAAAGAGAACGGAGAAGAAGCCCGUCAACCCGGCCCUGCUCCUGGUCGAAGCCGCUACGAAGUUGCAAGAGGGCGACCUGGAAACCGCCGUCUCGGCCGCGAAGAAGGCCCUCGAUGGCACGGGCGUGGGCGGCGACUACGAGCUGGCAUCGGUGAACCUCCUGGGCCUCAUCACAAUCGAGAUGGGCGAGGUUGACGAGGCGCGGGCCUACUUCCUCCGGGCCGUCGAGCUCGACGCCGACGGUGCCCUCGAUGAGCGCAUAGGCGGCGGGCCGGAAAAGUUUCUCUGGCUCGCGCAACUCAGCGAGGAUGGUGGGCAGGACAGCGUCAAUUGGUUCGACAAGGCCGCGCAGUCGCUCAGGGGUCAGAUCCAGGCGCUUGCGGGCCUGCCGAAGCGGACCGCCGAGCAGGAGGCGCAGCUGGAGGAACGGAAGAGGAAGCUCGGCGGCGCGCUGUGCGCCGUAGCCGAGGUGUACAUGACGGACUUGUCUUGGGAAGCGGACGCGGAGCAGAGAUGCGAGGCGCUCAUCACCGAGGCGGGGUUGGUUGCGCCUGAAUCGGCCGAGACGUGGCAGACGGUGGCGAACGUGAGGAUAUCGCAAGAGAAGGUGGACGAGGCGCGGGCAGCGCUGGCAAGGAGUCUGGAGCUGUGGGUCGACCUGCCACCGCUGGACCCCAACGUGCCGGAUUUCCCGACAAGGAUCAGUCUGGUGCGGUUGCUGCUCGAGGUGGAGAUGGAGAAGGAGGCGAUCGAGGUUCUCGAGAGACUUGUCGGCGACGAUGAUCAAAGCAUUGAAGCAUGGUACCUUGGCGGCUGGGCCUUGUUCAUCGCUGGCGAGAAAGUGAGGGCCAAGGGCGAGAGCCAGUUGAGCGAGGACGACGAGGACUGGAAGACCACGUGGGACACGUCGAGGCGGUGGUUGAUGCGAUGCCUGAAGCUUUAUCAGGAACAGGGCUACGAGGAUGAGCGGUUGGGCGAUCAUGCUAAGGAGCUGUUUGCUUCCAUCAACAAGGAGCUCGGCGAGCCGCCGGCGGAAGAUGACGAUGAUGGAUGGGAGGAUGCCGGAAGCGAUGAGGACGAAGCGAUGAAGGAGUGA